AUUUGACUCUGUUGUGUUGAACUCGUCUAGAUCUCCAAUGAUCUGAACCAGAUUACUCUGAUUAUAUAGACGGACUAGUCUGUGUCUCCGGCAUGAUGUGGAUUAUUAUCGCUUUAUUGAUGAAUCUCUUCAUAGAAACCUCUGUGUCGUUGACUUUAGUGGUUCCUGGUGAUCCUGUAGUGGCUCAUGUGGGAUCUACAGUGAUUCUUCCCUGCUGGAUCUCUCCUGCUGAGAACGCUGAAGCUCUGGAGAUCCGCUGGUAUCGUCACGAUCAGUUCAACAACCCUGUUCUGCUCUAUAAUCAAGGGAAGAUCCAGGACGUCCAGGAGAAAUCAUACAGGAACCGAAGCUCACUGAAGCCAUGGUCAGAGCAGUCUGGUGGACUGAAGGAUGGAGACGUCUCUCUACGGCUGGAGAAACUCGCACUUCAGGAUGAAGGUUUAUUUCGCUGUUAUGUGAGUGGAGACAGAGAAUAUGACAGCAGAGAAGUGGCUCUCAGCAUCACAGGUCAGUUCUUUAAAUCAUCAGGUCCAUGGAAAGCUCUUUUCUUCAGCCUUCUCAUCUGUGCUCUUCUGGGUUUGGUUGGGUUGAUUCUCUACAAAUACAGAGACAAACUAACAGGAAAGAAACCAGCUAAAGAAAGUUGUGAGGAGGAAAAAGCAGUUGAGGGAGAAGCUGAAGAUAUAGUGGAACUGAGGAAAUAUGCAGUUCAUGUCACUAUUGAUCGUCGGCAUGUUUUUCCAAACCUGACAGUUUCUCAGGACGGUAAAUCUGUGAAGCAUAAUCCAGGAUAUAAACACACUGGAGAGGCAUUUCCUUACAAAUUAUUUGCAUUUGGAGCCCAAAAAUAUACGUCUGGUCGUCACUAUUGGGAAGUAGAGAUGGUACAAAAAAAUGGACCAAAAAACUACUGGUUGAUUGGUGUGGUGAAAUAUGAAAAUGUUGGUGCAAAAAAAAAACCUGCUUUAACUCCGCCAAACGGUUUCUGGUUCUUGUGUUCAGACGGUCCUAAUGGCUUUUACACAAACACUGAUCAAUCAAUUAAACUCCUAAAAAGACCUGAGCGACUGGGAGUUCUGUUGGAUUAUGAUGACGGACAGCUGUCAUUUUACAAUGUCACUGAGAGAAAACAUCUCCUGACCAUCAGCAGCAGAUUCUCUGGAUCAAUCGUUCCUCUCUUCAAUCCUGGAGCUGGUGAUCUGAGUCCACUUAGAAUCCUGGAUUGUGCAAAACCUGCAGAACCAGCUGAAUCCAGUCAGCCUUUACUGAGUGUGGUUUCUACACCAGAUAAGAGCGACAAAGAUCGACACGUCAAAAGCCAGCAGAACCCAUCAUAA